AUACUAUAAGGAUACUUCAUAUUAUAUUACAAAAUAACUUAUUACUUAACAAAGUAAAUGCACCCUCUAUAUACACAAAACACAUUAAUUGUUUUAGAUAAAUAAAGAAGAGAGAUAGAGAUCUAGAGAGAGAGGAGAGAUGAGUAUUAUUGAGUCAUAUCCACCGGCUUUCCGCCGUGUAAUCAACGACGGAGCCCUAUCAGCUACGGCGGAGAUUGAACCAGUUCUUGUCCAGGACAAGGAUAUUGAUAUCCCGGUUAUCGAUUUCGAGUGUUUGGACAAGGAGAUACUAACAGAAGCAUGCAGAGACUGGGGAAUAUUCCGUCUAAAGAAUCACGGAGUACCGUUGGCGUUGACGUCAAAGCUUCAGGAGAUCUCGGAAUCGUUGUUGAGUCUACCGUUUGAGAACAAACAGAAGUUGUUCGCCGCCGUUAACUCUCCGUUGUCGUAUUUUUGGGGAACGCCUGCUUUGAAUCGAUUAGGAGAUGCACUGAAGAGAGGAGCUCAAGCUUCGAACGUAAGUAUGGUCGAAGGUUUCAACGUUCCUCUCUCGAAGCUUACAGUUUCUACUUCCUGUGACGAUGAUGCUCGACAUUCAGAACUAGAAUCUUUCAGAGUGUUGAUAAAGGAAUAUGGAAGGCACAUAAGUAGAACUGCUGUAUCCUUGUUUGAAGCUAUAGCACAAACACUGAACCUAGAAUUAUCCAGUGACCAGAGGUCAGAAUACUUAUCGGAGUUAACAGGGCUCAUACGAGUUUACCGCUAUCCUCCUAGCGACAAGACAGCUGGAGAAGCUCUUGGAAUGGAAGUCCACACGGAUAGUUCGGUGAUCUCAAUACUAAAAGAAGAUGAAACUGGAGGGCUUGAGAUCAUGAAAGGUGACGAAUGGUUCCGUGUAAAACCUGUUGCUGAUACUCUCAUCGUUAAUCUAGGAGAUAUGAUGCAGGCGAUAAGCGACAACGAGUACAAGAGUGUCGAGCAUAGAGUAAAGAAAAAGGAUAGGACGACAAAGAGGCACUCGGUGUGUUAUUUUGUGUUCCCACAGAGAGAUUGUUUGAUAAAGUCAUCAAACUAUAAGCCAUUCACGUACUCAGAGUUUGAAGCACAAGUUCAGGCCGAUGUUCAGUCUCUUGGGACCAAGAUCGGCCUUCCAAGAUUCUCCCCUGAGUCUCCACUCUUUCUCUAAUCUUGUUGGAAAAUUUUAGCAUCUAAGAGCAUGGCCAGCGUUUAGACUCAAUUUGGGUGUGUGAUUUAUAAAUUAUGAUCAUUUUGUUAUAACUUUUUUUCAGAUAAUAACUAAAAAAAAAAAAAUCUAGGUCGAAUCUAGGUAAAUUUGAGUG